AUGGCUUUGCAAUCACUUCACGGACUGCCGACGAAUCCGUCGUUUGGAUCACUGGACAGAUCGCUGGACGUGAACGCUGUCCAAGAGUUGGCGGCGUUUGACACGACAUGUCUGGCGAUGCCAUCCGUGGACUCGUUUGAUAUGAACCACUUGUACGACGCGAACGACACCCACAAGAAGAUCGACAUCCAUAUGGAUAAGGGAACCACUACUCUGGCGUUCAAGUACAGGGGAGGUGUGGUGGUGUGCGCGGACAGUCGUGCCACCGGUGGUCAGUACAUAGGCUCGCAGUCCGUCAAGAAGAUCAUAACCAUCAAUAAGUAUCUGUUGGGAACCAUGGCUGGAGGCGCCGCCGACUGUGUCUACUGGGAACGGGUGCUGUCAGAGAGGUGUCGUAUAUAUGAACUGCGAAAUCGAGAGCGCAUUUCAGUGGCCGCCGCCUCCAAACUCUUGGCUAACAUUCUCUACAACUAUAAGGGGUUCGCAGAGAGACCGACACUUCUUCACCAGUUUGUCAUCUAUUUGUUCAUCUCUUAUAGUAUGGGUCUGUCGUUGGGAGUCAUGAUCUGCGGCUGGGAUGAGAAGAAGGGUCCGUCGGUCUUCUAUGUGGACAAUGACGGCCACCGUAUGCCCGGACAUCUGUUUAGCGUCGGCUCCGGCAGUACUUAUGCUUACGGUAUUCUGGACUCUGGCUAUCGUUGGGAUAUGACUGAUGAGGAGGCGUACGACUUGGGCCGCAGAGCCAUAUAUCACGCCACACAUCGAGACGCCUACUCCGGAGGAAUCGUUAGAGUUUAUACGAUCAAAGAGGACGGUUGGAAAGUGAUCACCGAAGAGGACAGCAAAGACUUGCACUAUAGAUAUCUCGCGGAGAAAACCAAAUGA